AUGAACCAAUCAAUUCAUGGAAUAUUUCGAUAUAACUAUUCUAAAACAUAUUGUUCUAUUAUGAUUCAAAAUCAAAUUGUUAAUAUCAUUAUUCCUAAAUUAUAUUGUAAUGGAGCAUUAGAUGGGGAUGAAGUUAGUGUUAGUAUUUUAAGUCCAAAUUACUGGGAGGUGGUUGACCUUAUCACUGGAAAUAUCAUUCAAAGUACAAAACCAAAUGACAAUUUUAAAAUGUUUCUUCCUCAAAUUCAAAUAACAAACAUUAUUCAAUUAAUUCAAUUAAUUCAACAAGUUAAUGGCAGGACAAUAGUUGCUGUAGGAAAAGUUGAUUCAAUUAAUAAUACUCAAGACAUAGAAUGUACAGGAUAUAUAGAACAUAGAAUGUUUUUUUGUGAUGAUAAACGAAUACCUGUAUGUAAAAUAAACAAUUCAGAUACUAAUUUUCAUCGAGUUAAAGGUAGGUUCAAGAGAAGAGAACAAAUUUUUGAGGUAGAAUCUAUUAUUCAAUACAAACAAACAAAAGAAAAAAGUAAAGAAAAUGAAAUGGAUGAUUCAGAAACAAUUAUAAUUAUGUGUGAUGAUAUAACUCAACAAAACACACAAUUAUGUACUCCAGACUCAAAUAUAAUAUAUUGUGUUGAACCAGAAAAUGAUGGAAUUCAUUUUGAUCUUAGAAAUAGAAGAGUAUUUACAAUAGAUAAUAAAGAAACAAAAAUGAGGGAUGAUGCUCUUCAUAUUUGUUUUGUUUCACAAAAUGAAAUAGAAAUUGGUAUUCAUUGUAUAGAUUUUACUGAUGAAAUAACCGCUCAACAAAUAUCAGACAUAAUUAACGGCAAACGAGAAGGUAAUUCUGGAAAUUUAUUUGAUAAAAAAAAGAGUGAGUCAUUAUCUUUAAAUAAAGGUAAAAUAUGUUCUGCAUUUUCUGUUUUAUUUAAUGUUGAUUUAACAAGACAAUGUAUUCAAAAAGUAAGAAUAGGUAAGACAAUUAUUCGGAUCAAUACUAAUUUAACAUUUGAUCAGUUUGAUAAUGUUUGCAAAGGCACAGACUCUUCCUUUGAUAGUUGUUUCUAUCCUAAAGAACAAAUCAUUAAAGAUUGUCUUAAUUUGAAAAUGGUCACACAAAAAAUACUCCUUCCAUCAUUAAAAGGUUAUACAAAACAAGGAGAUAAUGGUGGAGAUGAUAUCAUUCGUAUUCUUGGUGAGUUUGUUGGAAGAGUAGUUGGUGAAAUUCUUUAUAGGAACUAUGGAGAUUUGGCAAUUGUACUUAAAUUCAGAAAUAUCCAUUUUGCUUCUUUCAGGUCUCCUCUUAGAAAGGUUCAUGAUAUGUGUGUUAUUAAACAGUUGGAAUCUGUUUCUUGCCAUUACAAUGACGAAGAAAUGGCACUGUAUGUUUGUUAUGGAAAAGAAGGUUUAGAGAAACUUAUUAAACAAAGUCAUUAA